UCCGGGUCGUGGCCCAAAUUUAAUGAUGGCUACUGCUCCAGAAGCAAAAGUGUUACUGUACGCUGUUUUGGAAUAUGAAAAUAAACCCGCACAUGUUUAUUUGACAUCCACUCAGCUUCUGAUUGAAAACAGUGCAAGACCAAGAUCUCAUGACGAAUCUUUAGACGCUCGCCCGAGUUCUGGAGCACCGCAUCAUGUGAUAGACUUGAGAGAAGUGAUCGCAGUAAGAGCGGAGCACAGAUUGCGGGCAAAGGAAAAAAGAUUUCGAUUCAAGUCUCAACAGAAGCCAUGCUUGCUUCAGGAGGACAGGUUGGGAGGCACGAAUACAUUCUCCCUCUUUAUGAUCAAGAGAGUGUCACGGCACAGAUGGCGUCACAAAAGCUCAGCGUUUGUUUGCCGGGACUAUGGAACAUGCCAGAUAUGGAUUGAUAAGAUCCAGGAGCUGCUGAAGAAUCCAGAAUGGAACCGUCCAAAGAGGCUCUUAGUUUUCAUCAAUCCAUUUGGUGGCAAAAAGAAAGCACCCAAAAUUUUUGACGAAAAAGUUCGACCAUUAUUUGAAUUGGCUGGUAUUUACUCAGAAGUAAUAGUAACAAAGCGUCAGUAUCAUGCAAGAGAUGUGAUAGAAGAAUAUGAUCUACAAACAGUUGAUGGUCUCAUUUGUGUUGGUGGAGAUGGGACCUUCUCUGAACUCCUGAAUGGCCUUCUGGACCGUGUGAACGCAGAGGCUGGAGUGAGUCAAACAUUCCGGCACAAGCCAGUCAGUCCUUCCCUCCGCAUCGGCAUCAUUCCAGCAGGUUCCACAGAUGCAAUAGUGUAUUCCCUUGUGGGCAUCAAUGAUCCUGUCACAUCAGCUCUACAAGUCAUCUUAGGCGACAGUAUAGGCAUGGAUGUGACAGCUCUGUACAAAAAGGAGGAGUUUGUCAAGUACACCACCACCAUGUCAGGCUACGGUUACUAUGGCGACCUCCUGAAGGACAGUGAAACUCUUCGCUGGAUGGGGCCGAGAAGAUACACUUGGUGUGGGUUCAAGACAUUCCUAGCAAACAAAGCCUACGAGGGAGAAGUCUCGUUUCUGCUGGCAUCAGAAGACGACAGUCAUCCUCGUGACCACUCUAUUUGUUACUCCGGGUGUGAAAAGUGCAGGAGAGCUUCAGAAAAAACUGCUGCAUUGUCACCUGCGCGGGAUCCUCAGGCUGAUGGUGAUGUUGGUGCUACCGGGGAUUCUGCUGCAUCCAGUAAAAGAGCCUCUUAUUUGCUGAAGGAUGGCUGGCACCGAGUGCGGGGCCGGUUCAGCGCCAUCAACCUGGUGACCAUCAGCUGCCGUUGCGAACUGUCCCCCUCGGGAAUGUCCCCGUCCUCCCACCUGGGCGAUGGGUGCACCGACCUCAUUCUUAUACAGGACUGCUCCCGCCUCCAGUACCUGCGCCACCUCACACGCAUCCCGGACCUCAAGGCUGACCAGUUUGACUUUGAGUUCAUCCAAGUGUACCGCGUGAAGGAGUUCAGCUUCCAGCCCGUGGUGGAGCCGGAGGACGAGGAUGAGGGCGAGGGGGAGGCCAGGGAGGGCUGCGGGCGACACAAGUCGGGCCACCGGAGACUGCGCUCCGCCAGCAGCAACAGCGUGUGGAACUGUGACGGGGAAGUGGUGGAGCACCCUUGUCUUUACGUACAGGUGCACUGCCAGCUGAUCAAACUGUUUGCCCGAGGUGUGGAAGAACCCCAGAAAGAGGACUCAUCCCUGUGUCCGACCUGCUGCCCGUCCUAUGACAGCGACAAAUGACGGCAUGCCGGCCAGGGUGACGGGUGUCGGUGUCAUUCUCCGACAAGUGAGAAAUAGCACAGGAACUGGUGCGACCAAACUUUGGAAGUCCGUGAGAUGAUGUAAAUAGACUGCCACGGAAAGUUGUUAUAAUAGAGUUUUCAUGGAGAUUGUGAAUGGAAAGAGAGAUUACUCAGUGUUAACAGACUUUGUCACGGAAAGUUGUUAUAGAGUUUUCAUGGAGAUUGUGAAUGGAAAGAGAGAUUGCUCGGUCACUCUUUGGCUGUUCCAGGAUUUGACAUAUGUCGACAAAGGGAUGCUUCCUAUGCCCUUUGGAGUCUUUGAUCACUCUAUUGUUUUUGUGCAAUUUCAGGAGGCCUCAGGGCAUGUCUCGUUGACAUAUUGUUUUUUGGUGUAAGGGAUCGCUAUGGACAGCUGAGUGAACUAUAUCUGGCUGUUUUUGCCUUUUUUGCGUUUGUUGGAGCCAAUGAUAGUACAUAACAAGAUGGGCCACUUCUCUCU